AUGGAGCUUCGUUCUUAUGGGGCAGGGCAGAACCUGGCUGGGGUGGGCGGGGAGCCUCAGACAGGGAUGGGAACCUGCUCAGCCUCAGAGAUGCUGGCUGAUCACCGCUUCUGCCAGCGCUCCUCCCGACCCGGCCUCUGGGGGGAUGUUUCCCAGCCCCAGGGACGUUUCUGGACUAGGAUACCCCUCUAUCCCUGGCCCCGCAGUGCUGGGGGAGGCUGCAUGGACGAAGGGAAGGACGGAGAGAGGGGAGGAGACGAUGAAAGGGCUGCCACAGCCACCGCGCUCCCUCAGGCCGGACGGGGGACACCCCUGGUCUGCGUGGCCCCCGCGCCGCCACGCCCAGUGGCCGCCCCAGCCCUGCGAUUAGGGGGAGGAGCCGCUGCCAGUGGAGGCGGAGGAGCAGAGGAGGCGGAGACGGCAGAGACGGCGGAGAAGGCGGAGAGGAAGGUGGAGGCGGAGGCGAAGGUGGAGGGGAAGGUAGAGGCGGCGGGGAAGGUGGAGGCGGCUGGGAAGGUGGACGCCACCGGGAAGGUGGAGACUGUGGAGGGUCCGGGACGCCGGGUAGAGCUCAAGCUGGAGCCCGAACCUGAACCCGAGCCGGCACGGGAGGCGGAGCAGGAGCCGAAGGGGGAGCCGAAGCCGGAGCCUGAGGAUGAGAACCCGGCGCGGAGUGGCGGUGGCGGCGGCAGAGACGAGGUUCCUCUCCCCUCCCUUCCCUCCGACCCCCCGCGGCCCCCCGAUCCUUCCCCGCGGCGCAGCCGUGCCCCCCGCCGCCGACCCCGGCCGCGGCCGCAGACCCGGCUCCGUACCCCGCCGCAGCCUAGGCCACGGCCCCCGCCCCGGCCCCGGCCCCGGCGCGGCCCUGGGGGCGGGUGCCUGGAUGUGGAUUUCGCGGUGGGUCCACCAGGCUGUUCCCACGUGAACAGCUUUAAGGUGGGAGAGAACUGGAGGCAGGAACUGCGGGUGAUCUACCAGUGCUUCGUGUGGUGUGGAACCCCAGAGACCAGGAAAAGCAAGGCAAAGUCGUGUAUCUGCCAUGUGUGCGGCACCCAUUUGAACAGACUCCACUCUUGCCUUUCCUGUGUCUUCUUUGGCUGCUUCACAGAGAAGCACAUUCAUGAGCACGCCGAGACAAAACAACACAACUUAGCAGUAGACCUUUAUUACGGAGGUAUAUACUGCUUUAUGUGUAAGGACUAUGUGUAUGACAAAGACAUUGAGCAAAUUGCCAAAGAAGAGCAAGGGGAAGCUUUGAAAUUACAAGCCUCCACCUCGACCGAGGUUUCUCACCAGCAGUAUUCAAUGCCAGGCCUCGGUGAGAAGUAUCCAACCUGGGAGACAACCAAACCUGAGUUAGAACUGCUGGGCCACAACCCAAGGAGAAGAAGAAUCGCCUCCAGCUUUACCAUCGGUUUAAGAGGACUGAUCAAUCUUGGCAACACGUGCUUUAUGAACUGCAUCGUCCAGGCCCUUACCCACACUCCGAUCCUGAGAGAUUUUUUCCUCUCUGACAGGCACAGAUGUGAAAUGCCGAGUCCGGAGUUGUGUCUGGUCUGUGAGAUGUCUUCGCUUUUUCGAGAGUUGUAUUCUGGAAACCCAUCUCCUCAUGUUCCCUAUAAGUUGCUGCACCUGGUGUGGAUACACGCACGGCAUUUAGCAGGGUACAGGCAACAGGAUGCGCAUGAGUUUCUCAUCGCAGCGUUAGAUGUCCUGCACAGGCACUGCAAAGGUGAUGAUGCUGGGAAGGCGGCCAGCAAUCCCAACCACUGUAACUGCAUCAUUGACCAAAUUUUCACAGGUGGCCUGCAAUCUGAUGUCACCUGUCAAGCCUGUCAUGGUGUCUCCACCACGAUAGACCCAUGCUGGGACAUCAGUUUGGACUUGCCUGGCUCUUGUACCUCCUUCUGGCCCAUGAGCCCAGGGAGGGAGAGCAGUGUUAACGGGGAAAGCCACAUACCAGGAAUCACUACCCUCACGGACUGCCUGCGAAGGUUUACGAGGCCAGAGCACUUAGGAAGCAGUGCCAAAAUCAAGUGUGGUAGUUGCCAAAGCUACCAGGAAUCUACCAAACAGCUCACAAUGAAUAAAUUACCUGUCGUUGCCUGUUUUCAUUUCAAACGGUUUGAACACUCAGCCAAACAGAGGCGCAAGAUCACUACAUACAUAUCCUUUCCUCUGGAGCUGGAUAUGACACCGUUCAUGGCCUCGAGUAAAGAGAGCAGGAUGAAUGGACAGUUGCAGCUGCCAACCAAUAGUGGAAACGAUGAGAAUAAGUAUUCCUUGUUUGCUGUGGUUAAUCACCAAGGAACCUUGGAGAGUGGCCACUACACCAGCUUCAUCCGGCACCACAAGGACCAGUGGUUCAAGUGUGAUGAUGCCGUCAUCACCAAGGCCAGUAUUAAGGAUGUGCUGGACAGUGAAGGGUAUUUACUGUUCUAUCACAAACAGGUCCUGGAACAUGAAUCAGAAAAAGUGAAAGAAGUGAAUACACAAGCCUACUGAAGUGACACACAGACCUACCUACCUGGAGUGGAAGAUGACAGUGCCCAUACAACAACUGGCAUCAAGAUUUAAAGGACCUACUUGCAUGGCCCACGGGCCUGAUAGAGUAAGAAUUGAACAGUUUCCAGUGUCUAAAAGGUCCUGAUUGUAAGAGGAAUAGAAGGGGCGGGAGAAGAGGCUCUAGUCUAAGCAGUCACUUAAAGGAAGAUUAAAUGGCAGGAUGCUCUGGGCGGGGCAGGCAGGAGUAGGGAAAUCAGACACUGGUCCAUAUCCUAUAUUCCUCCAAAAGAUU